AUGGAUACAAUAUUAGCAUCGGUGACGACUUGGAUAGUGUUCAAGAUAAAUGAAAAAGUUCCUGAAAGAGGGUCGUCCUUAAGUACAUACAGAGAUUUGUAUUUGGAUGCUAUAGAAUGCUUAAACGAUAUCAAUAAAUCAAUACAUGGCUUUCCGGCUAUAGUUUCUUUUAUUGCAGCAAACGUCGGCGAAAUAAUUAAUAUCUUAUACGGACGUAUAUUAUUCCCUAGAAGCUAUGAUCACUACCGAAUUCUUAUAAUUCCUUUCAUAGUUUUAUUAAUGAGAAUAACUAAUGUUCUAACAUUAUACAUGAUUGGUCACGCCACGGAAAAGGAGAUAAAUCGGAUGAGUCUAGUCUUACAUCAACGAUCCGUAAUCGAAAGAAACCCCAGAAUUAAACGUCAGGUAUAAAUAUUCAACUAUUCGACUACAUUCGAUUCAUUUAAAUUAAAAUUAUUUUUAUUUUUAUUUAGAUCAAGUUUUUUUUACUUCGAAGAUUGCACGAACACUUCCAUUUUAAGUUGUAUGGAAUGUGUCAUAUCAAUCUCAGACAACUACUUAUCCUAUCAAACGGUGCAAUUGGUUAUUUAUUAAUUCAAGUUCUGUUCAAAUUGAAUAAACAAUAAACAGAGAAAAUUAAUCGGCAUCCCGUGAUAUUUUUUUAACGUAAGAUACUCGAACAAGGAUCAUGUUUCAUUAAUAAUUAUUGUUUUUUAGAUUCUGAGUGAAACGAUGAAUGUAUUGAUUUUACAAU